AGUUCGUGAGUCAUGCGCAUACGGAAAUUACUAGUGUCACCAUCAUAAAAAUAUAAAUAAAUCUCUCCUCCUAAAUACUAAUAUAUUCGAACAAAAGUGUGAUUCAGCAUUAUUGUGCGCCAUUAUUGUCAUAUCUGAUUCUAACAUAUCCAUGGUUGCUGUGUGAGAUUUUGAUCAUUAUCAUAAUUUUCUGGAAAAUUACAAAUUUAAACAUUCCAUCAAUUAUGUCUCUUUUAACAAAAUUUUUCGGAGGGAAACAAAAUGAAAGUAGCAUCACACCCCAAGAAGCUAUACAAAAGUUGCGAGAUAUUGAGGAAACAUUGGAGAAGAAAUCGGAUUUUAUUGAAAAGAAAAUGGAAGAUGAAAUUAAGUUUGCUAAACUGAAUGCACAGAAAAAUAAAAGAGCGGCUCUUCAAGCCCUGAAGAGGAAGAAACGAUUAGAAAAACAGCUACAACAACUUGAUGGUACACUUUCAACGAUUGAAUUCCAAAGGGAAGCCUUAGAGAAUGCUUCCACGAACACUGCCGUUCUUAGUGCAAUGGGUACUGCAGCCAAAGCACUGAAAUCUGCCCAUAAAAAUAUGGAUGUUGAUAAAGUUCACGAUCUGAUGGAUGAAGUAGUCGAACAACAUGAGGUGGCUAAUGAAAUAGGGGAGGCAAUAUCUCAACCAGUCGGCUUCGGUGACGAAAUUAACGAGGACGAACUAAAUGACGAAUUAGAGUCCUUGGUACAAGAGGACAUUGACAGUCAAUUUACCAAUGUAGAAAGGAAAACCUCGGAAUUGCCUGAAGUCCCCAACGAAAAAAUACCAGUUGCCUCCUCCAAGUCAAAGUCAAAACCUGAUGAGGAUGACGAAAUGUCACAAUUGGCAGCCUGGGCUACAUAAUUUUGAACCCAUUUUUAUCUCUUUUUUUCUCACUUUUGAUUGAACUCAUUUGGCCCAGACAAAGCAAUUUCUUGUUUUGUUGUGAUACUUAUUUUUUGUUUGUUUUUGUUCGUUUUAUCUUUUUUUUAGACAUGAACGUUUUAUAUUUUUCUUCCGAAAGAUUUUAAUGAGUAAUUGUGCUAAUUGUUUUUUUUUAAAAAGAAAAAUAGAUAUACUAAGAUUAAUAUAUACAACGAUAACAAUAACAUUGUAUGUUAUGUUUAUAUAUACAUUAUAUAUGGCGAAAAAAAAAGAAGCAUG